AUUCAGAAUCAUAAGAUGGAGAGCAAUUUCUUGCAAUACGUCGUCGUAUCGGUGGCGUUGGCAUUCAUCGUGGGCCACUCGUCGGAGCGGGAGCUCCGUCCAUCGGACCACGGCCUAGCCUAUCAGGAUGGCUCUUCACCGCCGGCGCCAAACUCCGGCACCAAGGAGAUGCGUGCGUUCUUCAGCGGAACGCCGUCGGCGCAGCUGCCGGAGGCACGGAAUAUCAGUGGUUCGUGGUGGACCGCCCACCCCUCUAAGGACGGAGCACGUGAUUUGAGGAAGGAUCACGUGACGCUGGGACUGAUCGUCGGUAGCGCCGUUUGCGGCGUGAUCGGCGUCGCUUUGCUGGCCGUCUCCACCGUCGUUUACCUCCGGCGGCGGCUCCAAAAGCAGCAGCACCCAGAAAGCCUGAAAAUCCCGUCCACGUCAGCGUCGACUUCAACAGUAUAGCGUCAUUACUCAUCAUUAGUGUAAUAAUUAUACUAAUUACAAAAGAUUGAUCAUGUUCUUGAUUUGUAAUUACUUAUUGGAUCAAUAUUCUGUUCUCAAACCCAUCUUUAAAUUCGUUA